CGGCUUGGCGGCCGGCUGAGGCUUCUUGGGGCCAGACUUGCUGCUCGGCCUUCCACCCGGCUCGCUCUGGGGGCCGAGAUGCCGAAGAAAGCUGGUGCGACCACCAAGGGUAAAAGCCAGAGCAAGGAACCAGAGACACCACUUCCUCCCUUAGGUCCUGUGGCAGCUGAUCCUAAAGGUUGUGUCACCAUAGCCAUCCAUGCCAAACCUGGUUCCAAACAAAAUGCUAUAACAGAUUUGACAGCCACGGCUGUGAGCAUAGCUAUUGCAGCACCUCCGGCAGAAGGAGAGGCGAACGCCGAGCUCUGUCGGUACCUUUCCAAGGUCUUAGAACUUAGGAAGAGUGACGUGGUUUUGGAUAAGGGUGGUAAAUCUCGUGAAAAAGUGGUGAAGCUUUUGGCCUCCACGACUCCAGAAGAGAUCCUGGAGAAAUUAAAAAAGGAACUCGAAAAAAAGUAAAAGCAAGAAAUGAAAAAUACAUCCUUGAGAAACUUUUUGAUUGCUAAUGAUG